AAGUCGUUUUUCACGAGUUUCCCGCGGCAGUCGACAGCCGCCGCGUAGCUUCCCCGGCCGGAAGGGGGAAAAAAAUUCGAGCAGCGAAGCCGCGGGGGCAGACCUGUCUCUUCCUUCGCAACAUCCGGCUUCUCUCGGAGAAAAACAAAUUCUCUCUCGGCUCCGGAUAGAGAAUUCGAGGAGAUCAGCAGCCGAAGGUGCACCAAGGUAGUCUCGAAGAGGAACACGAAGAAGCGUUCUCCUCCUUCCCCACCUUUUCCUCCGCCACUACCUACCGCUACCUCUAUCUCCUCCUUCCUCCACCUCCACCACGCGUACAGUCGUACGGUCGCCGGCGAGCAAUACGGUUUACGGCCGCGUGACACUGUCCCGGACAACAUCGGCGUCCACGAACAGCUGGAUCCACGUUGGAUCGGGUUGGAUCGCAGUCAGACCUCCGUUCCUGGUGCACGUUGUCCCAGGAUGGUAUCGUGCUCGUCGCGGCAUCGUUAAUCGUGCGUAACGCGAGCCACCAGCAACGGCCAACAUCGGUGAUCAUCGAGGACUUUGGUCCUUGGUGCCCUUGUUUCGUCCGAGCGAACAAAAGUCGUCGCAUUCCUUCGUGUUUCUUUCGAGUUGAUCGAUGUUCCACGAUAUAUUCUAACUGUAUGUUCGAACAUCACAGGCGCGUACAUGUCGUGAACAACGUUCGAGUGUACAGUUGGAGACCAGUGGGUGAGGAAGAGAACGGCGCAUACGUAGUACCACGGCAAGAAAGAAACCAUCGUACCAACGAGGUGUUAAUCCGGUGGAUAAGCUAGCGGAACAUACGUGUCCGUGUUCGGUCGCGAGUGAGAGUGUUUUUCGCGUGUAAACGCUAGCGUGGCGGCGUCCGGGCUCCUCGCGAGACGUCAACAUCUGGUAGCGUGUAUCCGGCCGCGCGAACGCGUGGACGUCCCGUUCUCCUGGCACACGGUGCGUGUCCGGGUUCCUCUGCCGGUGGAUCUCUUCCGUGCGACCCGGACCUUCUCUCGUCUUGCAAUUUUCACGAGGUUAACUCGGCUUCUGCCAGUGGCGUAUACCGGCGUGUGUAUCGUCGUGUCUGACGUUAACCGCUGCUUGGCUAGCACGCAUACGAACCGUGCGUCUCGUUGCUCGAUCCAUCUAUCGUCAAGGACAAACUGAAUGGCUAUCGUCCAAGUUUCGUUGUCGAUUCCACUGUGACACUUUGUGCCCGUACGACUACCAUCGUUAUUCUCUAUGAAUUAUAUCUGGCGAAAUAUUAGCCUGUUGGACGAAGAAUAUCGAGCGUGCAGCAUGCCGUGGCAUAAGAGACAGGUCUCGACGAUCGUUUUCUGACCGUUCCAUCGAUUCUUCAGUCAGCUGUCGACCAGAGGAUUAUUCCUGCCAGCUAUCCCCGUGGACGUCCAUCUUCUAUUCGCAGAGGAGAUACCGAGCACGGUUACCAAGAUGAAUUGAAGAAUCUGCGAUUCAUGGUGCUUCAAGACGAGGUGUUUCGGAGCUGACAUAUUCUUCUGUUCCUGCCACUGGGGUGAUCCCCCGAACUCAAGGAUGCGGUGGGCAAGGAGACACGCCAGCUACCAUCACUGAAAUCCACCUUCCACCACCUGAAACUUGCGACUGCCAGCCUAACAAGGCCACCUCGAAUUCCAUCCAAAAACAAAAACCACCACGAGGACGAAGUACCAAAUCUACUCCAUGGAUCUAACGGAGGCAUUCGCCCCAGGAGGGGGUGGGGAAGAUCUGCCAAAGACCGAUUUCUUCGACUUCGUCGUCUCUCCGCCACCGCACUGUGCCUCCACGGACGGCGUGUCCGACGAAGAAAGCUUCCUGCAUCGUACCACCUGCAGAAGCAUCGGCUACCUCCAGCAAGGUCACGAGGAACACGAAACUAAUCGCGAAUUGCACAGCUCGCCGUUCAUCAAAGAAACCAACAACAACACUCUGACAGCACUACCGCCAGUCUCAACGAUCACUGGCUCCCUCAGCCAUCAUCACCACCAUCACCACGUGAGGACGCACCAUAGCGCCUGCAACGUUCAACAGAGCAACGAGCAAACACCGAUGGAUCAGUCGGAUUGUGAUUAUUGGGGCACGGACGAGAGCAAAGAGCAGACCUGUAAUAUACUCUUGGAAGACCUGAACAAGUACUGUUGGUCGGCCCACGCUAAUGCUCAGAGCCACGGGAAUGAUAACGUGAGCGUCCAUCAAGGUUCUAACGAGCAUCAUCAAGGAGUAGGUCGAGGAUGCUCAGCCAACGACAGACAAAAUACGGACGGCGCGAUUUACACGUUGACCGUGUUGAACAACGAAGCCAACUCUAUGGAUGCAUUGGAUUGUUGCAAGAGUCCAGCUCCCACGUCCAGUGAUUCUUGGUCUCUGCGACCCAAUCUAGACCUGGACGCUAUACUGAGCAUGGAACCUGCGUCUACCGAGCAGGAACACGAUCAGACCAGUAGCGUGACCGAAGUGUCGCGGACAGUCAACGACAGGUUUCAUCCAGAUCGUUUCUCUGUUGCAUCCUCCCAAUAUGCUACAGACGACAGCGGAUUUGUCGAAAGUAAGGAAUUAUGCGGCCGAGGAUCAUCCAGUGGCGCUAAUUGCACAGGAGGCGAUAAUAACAACGAUUGGAAGCUUUCUGAUCAGAAUCUGCAGGAAGCUGCGGCCGCAGCUGCGGCUGCUGUCGCGGUUGGUGCAGGUGACUCGGCGGAGAGUCUUCUAAGAAGCGCUCUUCAAGGAAAAUUGUACACAGGUCCGACCCAAGUGGUUUCGUCUUCCUCGCCGUCUACUCAAGGAUCCACUAUAUCCAUGCCUGUGACGAGCAACGCUGGAUUGCAGAUAGUGUCCGACCAACAACCUCAGCAACAGCAACAACAGCCUCAACAACAGCAGGCGCAGCAACAACAGCAGGAUGAAUCUAUGCAUACUUGUACCGAUGAAGAUCUGUUACUGUCCCAGUUAGACCAAACGACCUAUCGUCCCGGUGAUUACGAGAAGCUGAAGAGCAUAGCCAACGAAGUGGUAGAGUCGUACUGCAGUUUGGAGCCCGUUUGCAACGUGUCUGCGACGACAACGGUUAUGUACACGCUGGAUCCAACCAGUGGGAGUCUGGGAACGAUAACUCUUCCCGCGGAUCUGGGCCAAGUUAGCACGGUUACGGUAGUGACAGCAGCUCAGCAGGAUGUUCUACAGCAACAAGCUGCUCCUCGAACCGAAGUGGAGCAACAACAGUCCACCAACCAGCUUCAAAUAACUCCGUCCAGAGUGGUUACAACUAAAGCUCCGAAAAAGUACUGUCGACGUACCAACAGAAACAGCAGCAACUCGAACGCAGCCAGCAACGGCAGCAGUGGUUCAGAGACCGGUGGAAGCACCAGUGGAACGCAGCAAGGCGCAUCCGGCGGUUCUCCAGGCAGCGUCCAACGCAAGGAACGUUCGCUGCACUAUUGCAGUAUCUGUAGCAAAGGCUUCAAGGACAAAUACAGCGUCAACGUUCACAUCAGAACUCACACCGGCGAGAAGCCUUUCGCCUGUUCCUUGUGUGGCAAGAGUUUCCGACAGAAGGCGCACUUGGCAAAGCACUAUCAGACCCACGUGACGCAGAAGCCCAGUGUCCAGCAGCAAGCGACCGGCAGUAGCACCAGCAACAGCGGAAACAGUGGGAAUCCCAGUCCAUCCGGCGAAACGAGUAGCUCGACGACGAGCAGCGUGACAAAUAGGAGUCAACCGCACCAAGUGUCUGUCGAUCCAGCGGGGACCGCAUGUAAUCCACCCAGUUAGUUGCAUUGGGAGGACCAGACGGCCCACACCCGGUUCCCAGUGUCCAGUUGGACGCGUUCGAUCGUUGCUAAUCCAUUCUCUAUUCCCGGUGGCACGGUGCGGAUUUUGCACGACGGUGAUGGUCAACGAAGGAUACACCGUGCGAGUCUUCCUCUAUUACUAUUCACUUCUACGUAUCUCUCUUUCUGUCUCUUUAAUUCUUGCUCUUCCCUACCCUCGUUUCUCUGUCUCUCUGUUUCUUCAUACUCUCCGAUUACGAUCUUCGUUCACUCGGAGAGAUCGCGCGGGAAUGAUUUACGACCAGACAGGUCGCGGAACCCCCGGCACAGAGCGAACCAUGACCAAGGAUCGCGAGAUUGGCCAACGUCCAUGGACUAAUUUUUUGACAGGCGUCUCGCGAUCUCGUCUUAGAGAGAAUUUCCUGCCGAUUGGGAAAACGAUCCGGGAUAUUUAUUCGAGCUGCACGCGGCGGUGCUCGUGAGUUACGCCAGAUAGAGCGAACUGGUAGCCGCUGGUAGCUGAUCCUCAUAAAACGCAUGGGCUUCGGCGAGCCACGUCGCGGAACGCUCCCUCGAACGCUUUCCUUUCUAGGCGUUUCCGAUAUCGCGUGUGGUCGUUGCAAGAGAUAUAGCGAUAUCGUAAAUUUGCAAAGAAAUAGAAGUUUAUGGACUUCGAGAAUCGAGUAAUUUGAGACGUUUUGAGAGACUGUUCGAGAACACAUUGAUAGAGGAUCUAGAGCUUCAGUUAGGGUCUAGCGACGUCAAGUCGUUGUCAGUAGCAGUUUUUCCUUUGCUGUAUACUUUCAAAGAUCUGUUUUCUGAAAUAGAAGAUCACAUCUAUAGUGAUCUAUGUAACUUGAAAUGAAAACUCAUAGCCGAGAUUGUGUAUCGAAACUAAGCUUAACUUGUGUUAUACGGAUUUUUCUAAUUAACACAUGUAAGCAUUUGUUUAUUUUCACGUUAUGUUUGUUAAGCAUUAACUUAUUCCGAAUUUAUAUUCCGCGAGCUAGGAUUUUAUCACAUCGUUGCAUCUACUAACGAUGAUCAAAGAAGACUAGGAUAAUUUAAAACAAAGGAGGUUCUUGUAAUCGAUGAAUUUAUAUUCUGCAAGCUCAGGUUUUAUAACACGUCGUUAAAUUUAACAACGAUGAUAGAAAUUGCCUUUGAGAAACACGUGUCGGUACCACCGUCUAACCGAAUCUAACGUUUCAUUUUACGACCUCGCUAUAUCUCUUGCAGGCACCGUACCCUUGUCUCACGCGUAACAACGUUUUCUUAAUCGAAUACCGUCCUUAGAAUCGCGAUCGAAUCCCGUGUCGUGAAUUUAUCCGCUGGAGAACGAAGCUUCUGACGACUUGCAUAGCUGUUCCACGCGCCGAUAUAAAUUUCUGGAUGUAUCAUUCGAUUUUUCUAACGAAUACGAUCUGUGAAUAGUGCACGCGCUUGGAAACUCGCAUUGCUGAUGCUCGUUACGAAGCGUGUUAUUCCGGUCGAUAAGUUCACGAUGAUUAGGUUAAGCAGGCGAGCAUAGAUCGCCAUUUAUUUUUUUAUUCUCAUAAUUAAUUAUUCCUCGUUCGAUAUCGAUUGAUCCAGGUCGUUUAACGUGUCUUAAAAA